GGGUCCUAGUUGGUCAUUAGACAAAGACAGGUAAGUACCGCGGACCUAACAGUUUCACUGCCAGUGACCUCCGUCCAAGAAGCAGCUUCAAGACUUAACAGACAUUUUCUGAAGUCUAUAUCCAAGGUUUGACAGAUAGUAGGUCUAACUACUGUCACCAUAUUUGGAUGGAAGCCACCAUGACUGCUCUCAACAUGAUUGCACAAGGGAAGCGUAACAUGGUUUGUGGGGAGAUACCAACGGCAGUGAACCAGUUCCAGGAAGCCUGUAAAGUUCUUUCUAAAUCGUAUGGAGAGACUGCUAAAGAAUGUGCAGAAGCUUAUUAUCAGUAUGGGCGGGCUCUACUAGACUUGGCAAGGAUGGAAACAGGAGUAUUGGGUAAUGCUCUGCAAGGAGUUCCAGAGGAGGAAGAUGGAGAGAAAAGCGCUGAUGAACAAUUUGAAAAAGGAGAUAUGGAAGUUGAGGACCGUCACAGACUUCGAGCAGAAGUUGUAGAUGCAAUGUCAGAAAAAGAACUUGCUGCUACUGAGAAAGAACAAAAGGGUGAUAAUAAGGAUGAGGAAAAGAAAGAAGUAAAUGAUGAAGAGAAAGAUAAGUUGAAGGAUGAAGGAAAAGAUGUUAAAAAGGAUGAGAAAAAUAAGUUGAAGGAUGAAGAAAAGGAUGUUAAAAAGGAUGAGAAAGAUGAACUGAAGGAUGAAGAAAAAGAUGUGAAAAUGGAUGCAGAGAAAGAUAAGCUAAAGGGUGAAGAGAAAGAUGACAAAACUGAAGAAAAGAAGAACGAGAAGGAAGAGUCUAUGGACACCGAUGAUGUAGUUAAAGGUACAAAAGAGGUGUCAUCUGAAAAUAUGGGAAAAGAUGAAAAGGAAAAGCUGGAUGACAAGAAAGAUGAAAAGAAGCUGGCUGAAAAGAAAAAAGAAGAGAAAAAGGAAGUUGAAAAAACCAAGAAAGAAGAGAAAAAAGACGAGAGCAAACCUAAAGAUGGGGAACUUGAAAAGAAAGAUAAAAAGUUAGAAGGUGAAUCGAGUUCCACAAAGAACAGUACAGAGGAUGAGGAGGAAGGGGAAGAGGGCACUGGAGAAGAGGGCACAGAAGAGGAGGGUACGGAAGAUGAUGAGGAUGAAAGCGAAGCAGUAGACACAGCAGAGGAAGGAGACAAUUCACAAGAAGAGGGGUCACAGGGGGAGAAAGGGGAGGAAAAUGCUGAUGACAUCUCAAAUCUACAACUGGCUUGGGAAAUGUUGGAGCUUGCCAAAGUUAUAUAUCUAAAGGACGAGGACAAAGAGGCCAAGUUGAAGGCAGCAGACGCAUACCUAAAGCUGGGAGAAGUUAGUCUAGAGACAGAACAAUAUGCCCAGUCUGUAUUGGACUUCACAGCGUGCCUAAAUAUACAGAAAUCUGUACUGGAUCCAGAUGAUCGGUCACUGGCAGAAACAUAUUAUCAGCUUGGGCUUGCAUACAGUUUCAACAAAGAAUAUGAUGAGUCUAUAGACAGUUUCCGGGCAGCAGUUAAAGUGAUGGAAAGCAAAAUAGAAUCACUACAGAAAUGUUUAGAUGAUGAUAAGUUUCCACCACCAAAAGAAGGAAGCUUUGAUGAUCCAAAGAAGCUUGCUGAACAAGAAAUAAAUGAUCUGAAAGAAAUAUUACCAGAUAUCAGAGGAAAGGUAGAAGAAGUUAAGGAGGAACGCAGACAAAUCGACGAGUUGAAGAAGAUGGCCAAAGAGGGCAUGUCUGUGAUCACUGAAAGUCUUGGUCUUCAGAAACCAGAGGAAAAAUCCAAAGAUGAGCCAAAAAAGCCAGUCUCUGAUAUCAGUCAUCUCAUUCGGAGAAAGAGGAAGCCAGAUGAAGAUGAGGAGCCAGAAGCCAAGAAAACACGCCAGGAGAAUGGAUCUGGUGACGCCCCACCAAAGGUGAACGGUGUUGACAAAGAUACCAUGGAUGUGGAUGCCAAGAAGGCAGAGAAUGAUGCAGCGAAACAAAGUGAAGCUGUGGCUUCAUGAGGAGGGCAUGUUGAAAACUCCCACAUUUUUCUGGAUUUGACUGGAACAGUGUCGUCAUAAGGACGAGCAUGAACACUGGAACGUCUUGGGACUGGACCAACAUUCAUUGUAAUGAAUAAAAGUGUUGUGAUAGGACAUCCUUGUGGUAUUAAUGUGAUACUGGUGGAUCAGUGUCGGCUAGAGGGGCCGAGAUGUCAAAUGUGAUCCUCGUCAUUAGGCAUGUUCCACGUCUCCAUCUGCUUGUUUACACAUUUUUUGUACAUUUUACAUCAACUGUUGUUUCAUGGGACUCUUCGUAUUGAUGUCUAUACCUGAUUUGUAACUAUUUGCAGAGAUUCGAGAAAGUGCUAGAAUUCGGUCCUGAGAGGAUCACUAUCUAGUGCUUUAUUUUUCAUUUUGAAAAUCAAAUACAUUUGACUGAUUACAAGGUAUUUACACCUUACACUUUAUUUAUAAAUACAUUUUCAUCUGAAUUUAUGUGCUGACCGUUAAGAAUUUUGAAAUGAAAAUAUUUUGUCUUUUGC